AUGUUAUUAACAGACAAAAAUGAAGCUGAUGAUAAUAAAAAUCAGUAUCCAUAUUCUGAUUCUCAGAGUGAGUAUGAUAUUUUAGCUACUGAAUUAGGUGAUACAUCAACUGAUGAACAUAUAUCAGAACAAUUGGAUUCAUCAAAUUCUGAUAUUGAUAAAAACGACACUGUUACACAUAGUCAAUCUGAAACAGCCGAAAAGGGCGGUGCUUUAUGGUUUACAUGUCCAGAUUCACUAGAAGGCUGA